GCUGUCCUUGAGCCUGUAAGAGCUGGCUGGAAGGACAGAAUUUCUGAAGGCGGGUGAGGAGGGAACGGCCGACCGGAGCAAAAGCUCGGAGCUGUGCGUAGAGAUUCUGAAGAGCGCCUUGAGGCCAGGGAAGGGAGUAGGUCCUACCAGCCCGGGGCAGGGACUCGGACCCCCAGGACCCGCGCUGACCCUAGCCCAGCCUCACCAUGGUGGACGCCUUCGUGGGCACCUGGAAGUUAGUGGACAGCAAGAAUUUCGAUGACUACAUGAGGUCAAUCGGUGUGGGUUUUGCUAACAGGCAGAUGGCCAACAUGACCAAGCCUACCACAAUCAUCGAAGUGAACGGGGACACAAUCACCAUAAAAACACACAGCACCUUUAAGAACACGGAGAUCAGCUUCAAGCUAGGAGUGGAGUUCGAUGAGACAACAGCAGAUGACAGGAAGGUCAAGUCCAUUGUGACGCUGGAUGGAGGCAAACUCGUCCACAUGCAGAAGUGGAACGGACAAGAGACAACACUUGUGCGGGAAGUAGUUGCUGGGAAGCUCAUCCUGACACUCACCCACUGCAGUGCAGUUUGCACUCGCACUUAUGAGAAAGGGGCAUGACCUGCCCACUCCCUCAACAACUGCUCCUCUGCCAGGUGGCUACUCCUGGACUCAGCACCAGAUUGACUCAUUUUUUUCCUCUGGCAUUUUGUAUAAAUCCACCUUGAUUGGGGAAAUUCUCCUGGGGUCAGGUGGCACCAGCCUGGAUCCAGUUAUGUUCUCAUUGUGUAUGUUUGUUUUUUUAACUGCACCCAAAGGGUGCUCUGAGGUCAAUAAAGCAGCACCUAGGCCACCCAGUUGCCUUUUUGCUUUUGGUGACAUGA